AUGUUGUCCUGGAAGAAGUGUCAUGGACUGGGCAUGGCGCGGCUUUUGGGCUUCUGCUGGUUGGUUUUGGUCUUCUGGAGGGGCUCCCAGGCUUGCCCCAUAUCCUGCUCAUGCAGUACCACUCGGAUCUGGUGCAGCAAUCCUUCUCCCGGUAUCAUGGCCUUUCCAAGGCUGGAAUCAAACAGCCCCGAUCCAGAGAACAUUACCGAAAUUUAUAUUGCCAGACAGCCGAAGUUAGAAUCCAUCACUGAAGAUGACCUGGAAGGCUAUGUGGGGCUGAAAAAUCUAACGGUGGUGGAAUCAGGACUAAGAAUGGUGGCUCAUCAGGCCUUUCUGAAAAACCCCAAUCUGCAGUACAUCAAUUUCACCAAGAACAAAUUGACAAGUUUGUCUAGGAAGCAUUUCCGUCAUCUCUUCUUAUCUGAGCUUACCUUAGUGGGCAAUCCAUUGAAGUGCUCUUGUGACAUCCUCUGGGUCAAGACAUUCCAAGAGAUUAAAUCCAGUUCAGAGACUCAGGAUUUAUACUGCACAAAUGAGAACAACCAGAAGAUUGCUCUGAGAGACCUGAAGAUACCCAACUGCGUUGUGCCAUCAGCAAAUCUGAUCACGCCCAAUCUCACAGUUGAGGAAGGGAAGUCCAUCACAUUGUUUUGUAACACAUCAGGACAUCCAGCUCCUGAUGUAUCCUGGGAAGUCGGUAAUCUGGUUUCCAAACAUAUGAAUGAAACAAACAAGGCAUCGGCCUCCUUAAAGAUAACUAACAUUUCAUCUGAUGACAGUGGAAAACAAAUCUCUUGUGUGGCAGAAAACAUUGUAGGAGAAGCUCAAGAUACUGUCAACCUCACGGUGCAUUUUGCACCAACUAUCACAUUUCUCGAAUCUCCAACCUCAGACCACCACUGGUGCAUUCCAUUCACUGUGAAAGGAAACCCCAAACCAACGCUGCAGUGGUUCUAUCAAGGGGCCAUUCUGAAUGAGUCUAAGUACAUCUGUACUAAAAUACAUGUUACCAAUCACACCGAAUACCAUGGCUGCCUUCAGCUGGAUAAUCCUACUCACAUGAACAAUGGUGUCUACACCUUAAUGGCCAAGAAUGAGUAUGGCAAAGAUGAUAAGUGGGUCCAGGCUCACUUCAUGGGUCGUCCUGGAAUUGAUGACGGUGACAACAAUUCUUAUCCUUUUUUGGUAAUCGAGGAUUAUGAGACCACAUCUAAUGAUAUUGGAGAUACUACAAAUAAAAGUAAUCAAAUCACUUCAACGGAUGUUUCCAACAGAGAGAAUGAAGAUAGCAUCACCGUGUACGUCGUCGUGGGGAUUGCGGCUUUGGUAUGCACUGGUCUGGUGAUAAUGCUGAUUAUUCUUAAGUUUGGGAGACACUCCAAGUUUGGCAUGAAAGGUCCUUCUUCAGUUAUCAGCAAUGAUGAUGACUCCGCCAGUCCACUCCAUCACAUCUCCAAUGGAAGUAACACUCCAUCUUCUUCAGAAGGAGGCCCCGAUGCUGUCAUUAUUGGAAUGACCAAGAUUCCUGUCAUUGAAAAUCCCCAGUACUUUGGAAUCACAAACAGUCAACUCAAGCCAGACACAUUUGUCCAGCACAUUAAGAGACACAACAUCGUUCUGAAAAGGGAACUGGGCGAAGGAGCCUUUGGGAAAGUUUUCCUAGCUGAGUGUUAUAACCUCUGCCCCGAACAGGACAAGAUCUUGGUGGCAGUGAAGACACUGAAAGAUGCCAGCGAAAAUGCCCGCAAGGACUUCCACCGAGAGGCCGAAUUGCUGACCAAUCUCCAGCAUGAGCACAUCGUAAAAUUCUAUGGUGUCUGUGUGGAGGGGGAUCCUCUUAUCAUGGUCUUUGAAUACAUGAAGCAUGGAGAUCUCAACAAGUAUCUCAGGGCCCAUGGACCAGAUGCUGUGCUCAUGGCAGAAGGCAACCGCCCCACUGAAUUGACCCAAUCUCAGAUGUUGCACAUUGCCCAGCAGAUUGCAGCUGGCAUGGUUUACCUGGCAUCCCAACAUUUUGUCCACCGCGAUCUUGCCACCCGGAACUGCUUGGUUGGAGAGAACCUGCUGGUGAAAAUUGGUGACUUUGGGAUGUCCCGUGAUGUGUACAGUACUGACUACUAUAGGGUUGGGGGCCAUACGAUGUUGCCCAUCCGCUGGAUGCCUCCAGAGAGUAUCAUGUAUAGAAAAUUCACCACAGAAAGUGAUGUGUGGAGCCUGGGGGUUGUGUUAUGGGAGAUCUUCACCUACGGCAAACAGCCAUGGUAUCAGCUCUCAAACAAUGAGGUGAUCGAAUGCAUCACUCAGGGCCGAGUCCUGCAGAGGCCUAGAACAUGCCCAAAGGAAGUGUAUGACCUGAUGCUGGGGUGCUGGCAGCGAGAACCCCACAUGAGGCUUAACAUCAAAGAUAUCCAUUCCCUCCUUCUGAACUUGGCCAAGGCAUCCCCAGUCUACCUGGAUAUUCUAGGCUAG